AUGGCAUCGCCGCUACCGACCACCCCUCGUCGAGCCGAGACCACCAACAGAUGCGGCUCGUCGUCCCCGUCACCCGCCUCCAAGGAAUCGGCCCGGGGCCUCUCCAAUCGACGAGAAAUUCGCCGUUCCCUUCUCCAACCUGCAACCUUCCGGCGAAGAUUCCGGUCGCCUCCAUCCACCUCCGGCCUUGUCGACCCCUUCCAUGGCAUCACGGUGAGCACGCGCACCUCCCGAGCCUCUCAUCCCUCUCCAUCUCUCUCUGUGUUUGAUCCCUCGACGGUGACGACCAUUUUUGCCCGCAGACCUCACCAGCGGCGUCCCUCCGGUGAUCCCCUGGACUCCGCCCCGCCCCCAUCACCUUCCCCGCGUGGAGCCGCACCCCCGACGCCAACUCCCCCGCCUCGGUUAGCCCUGAGUCGCCGGAUCGAUCUCCGAUUUGAUCUCUCGCCAUGGUUUUCUGCCCGAGCUCUGCCUCUGGGUGUGUUUUCUUGCAGCGUGACGUUCUCUAAUCACAAAGCAAUCAGCAGCCUAGUGAUCCGGACUGGGCCUCAGCCCGCUUGCGCACCAGCUCCUUCGUCGCCCAGCGUGCGGCAGGACACCAUCCGCUGCUCAGCAUUUGCUUCUUCCCGGAUAGGAUCACGAAGUGGUGUGGUGAGAUACGACAAGUUCUCCGGAUGUCCCUCGGCAAGCUUUAACAGGUAUGAAGAUAUGUUCGAUGAAGACGACGCUAGCAAGGUUACCCUUCCGGCUUGGCCUGGGCAGGGUUAUGGACGCCACUGGUUAUCUUCAGGACUCUUAGUCCAAUUUGUAUCUUGUCCGCACUCGAACGUAUUCGAUCUUCUGUAUGAUUUGGAUCUUUGUGUUGUAUAUUUGUAUCUUGACUCGUUGGAGUCGUUGUUGUAAUAUAUGUAUCUUGUGGGCUCUAUUGUAAAUCUGUUGUAAUGUUACUACUCGUGGUAAUUCCUCUGGCAUCACGUGUGUGAUUCGUCGCGCACGUCGUGUCGGAGGGCGUCUCUGGAUCGAUAUCGUGCGGAUUUCGGCGGGUUCGCUGGGAUCCUCAUGGUACCGGUUCCGGGGCGUCACAA